AUGGCACAGCAAUCUACCAGUGCAGCGAAGCUCGUUCUUCUUCGGCUUACUGGCGCCUUACUAGAAACCAUUAGAGACACAGGAGUUGGUUGGAUCUUUUCAUGGAAGCCUGCAGGCUUGAGCUUGUCUUCAAUGCCUGUGGUCUUCGUUGAAGGUUCUACACGCAGGGUACUUGGUCGAGGCACUGUCGUGUCUAGCGCAGACAUUAAAACCUUUGCUCAGCUACGUUCUAGCAGACCCUUCGGCGUUUCCGAUAUGGAGCAGCGUGUGUGGAGAGAUCGUGUGGUUUGCGCAAAGAAGACUCUUUUUGCCUGGAAAUUUGAAGACAUAAUCCUUGAGACUGAGACCUUGGGCAUAGACCCCCGCAAGGGACGGUCAUACUACAUCAGCGAAAGCGACAUCAAGGUUGUUUCGACGCUGCAGAUUCCAGAUAUGAGCUUGGCUUCCACAGCCAGCUACUUUGUAAAGAAGCUGUCCGAGUCAGAGAGGAAGCGGCUUCAAGAUACCCUGAAUGCAUUGCACGGCAAGACUAUAACUUUGGGAUCAACAUGCAGCGGGACUGACGUGAUUAUUCCUGUGUUCAAGCACACCUUCAAAACAUUAUGCAGCCUGUUCGAUGUGAUCAGCAAAGACCUGAAGAACAUGGGAUAUAUGUUCCAAUGGUCCAAGCUGGAUGCAGCUCGGGUUGUUGACAUGAACUCAGAGCAGCUGGAGGCAUACUGGAAUGCAUUCAGGAAGAUCAUGAGUGAUGCAGCUGAUAAGCUUCCGGACGCUGAAGAUCUGCAAUCUUCAGCCGAUGAAGAUGAGACCGGCCCAGCAGUUCAUCAAGUUGCGGAUCCGAGUGUGAAGCAUCCUGAGAAGCACAUGCUGAACAAACAGAGGCGAGCAGGCCAGUACCAAGGGUGCUUUGCGAAGUGGCAGAAGAGACGUGUAUCCCACAAGUGGGACUUGUUCUGCGAGAUUGCUCCAAAACAGGCCAAGAUAUGCACAGAAAUUCCUAACAGUGUGAAGGUGCUACUCGGUGUGUCAGAGCUAAAGCAUGCCAACUCCAAGUUCAAGAACGAAGAUGGUGCACGUCAAGUUCCGGUACACUUGGCAUUGGCUGUAGAAAGCAUCUUAAUGGAAAGGAUUCACAUGGGGGAGGAGGUGACAAUGGAUUUCGCGGCAGAGGUGUUGCUUGCAAUGGUCAACACUUGGAACUCCAAGAUAUCAGAAUUGUCGGAUGAGAUUCGCGAGCAUUGUGGGCAGCAAUUUUUGCAGCAGCAGGAUUCCAUGAUUGACACAGAAGCAGCAGGGCCAGAUGCAGACCGGUUGGAUGAACAGGCCACGAAACAGCUGGAUCAUUUGCUGGAGUUUCUGAGGUCAGACUCACUUGCGCAGAAAUUGAAUCAGGAACUUCGAGGAGACCCACGGGCGGAGCAGCGUGCAAUGGUGGAGGUUGAGGUAGAGCAUGACAAUAUCCUCGGAGAGGACCUCAAUCCCAAUGAUGGAGAAUGUCAAGGAGACAUGAUCCAGGAGUGUGUGAUGGACCACCAGGAUAUGGAUGGCUUUGCAGAGGCUGAUGAUGAGCAGCUUUGCAAGGACAUGGCAGAUUGGAUGCUUGUUCAUGAGUCGGAGAGUGAAGAUGAGGACCUUGCUGUGAAUGCUCCCGCGCACUCUAGUGUAAGAAUGCCAGCUGUGGAGAUGCGCCCUGAGUACAUCCGGCUGAAAAAUGCUGGACUGCAUUUGAGACCAGCUGGAUGCACACUUGGGGUACACCCAAGCGCUUGUGUUUGGCGAUCUAGCACUCCUACUUCAGUUCACUUCAGCCGAUCGUUCACAGAGACAAGUGGGCGAACAAGUUGGCAGGCCCUGCUCAUUGUCAUGGAGCUUCUUCUCAGCUCCCACGUGGAGGCCAAUCCAAAUGACCGGAUGUCAAAGCAGCAACUCUCGCGUGUGCGUCGAGCACGUGGUGCUGAGCCUGCACAUAAAGACUAA